AUGGAAAACGAGGAUGGACAUGUGAGUCCAUCUGGAGAGAUGCUCAACACUUCCUCCUUUGCUCUCAUUGUCCAUGUCGUUGCUGCUCUCGACAAACCAGUCGACAUCUUUUCCGUCAAGACAGCCAUCCGCGAAAUCCUUCUCCCUCGAGGCCCGCGCUUCUCCUCUAUUACCAGGAAUGAGGAGGGGGUGCUGCAAUGGCAGGCAACAGAAGUGAACAUAGAUAACCAUGUCUUCGUCCCAGAGUUUCCUGCUGGUCACAUGGUCUACGAUAAGUUUGUGGAGGACUAUGUUUCUGAUAUGCAUACAAGAAAGCUUCCUCACUCUCGCCCUCUUUGGGAGUUCCACUUCCUUAACUACAAAACCACUAAAGGAGAAGCUACGGUCGUUAUAAAUUUACAUCAUAUGCUUGGAGACGGUACUUCCCUCUUGUCUUUAGCCAUAGCCUGCUCUAACACCAAGGCUGAUAAUCCUCUACUUCCUCAAGGCUCUACUCCCUCUUCUCAUGUCCAACAGACAAGGCCUCCUGUAAAAAAUCCUGAAGAUUCGUUACAGAAUAUGGCAUCUGCUUUUCACACUUGUGGUUGUAGUGUAUUGCACUUUGGACGACCUUAUUGCUAG